AUGGAAGAACAACUUCAAACUCCGGAGCAGAUUCUGUUGGCAUUGAAAGCUGAAAUGGUGAGUAGAUAACUGCCUGCUCAACAUAAAAUUCUGAAAAUAUAUCGCGAAUAUUGAUCAACGCGGAGAGUGUAAUAAGCGUGCAAGAUUGUUUAAUGCUCCGAUUUACUGUCUCAGUUUAGCACUCUACUGAAAUACCUCUUAACUCUUUUUAAAAGUUUCAAACUUGUUCGCGACUUGUGAACAGCUUUGAUUUUAAAGAUGGAGGUAUCAAGUCCCAUGAAAAAUUUGAAAACAUCAUCCAUCUUAUGUAAUCAAUGCACAACUGAGUGUCAGUUACUACCUUUUUGUUUUAGCGCUGGAUAAUUUAAAGGAAUUUAAUGGAUAAUCUCGACAGCAAACAGUUCAACAUUUAUUCAUUGAAUACAAUAGCAUGUCAAAAUUCAACUUAGAUUCUCUGUCUACCUUGUUUAAAAAUGGUACAGAAGAGCAAACGAAAUUUGCAUUUUCAUGUUAACAUACCUCACCAUUUGUGCAUGUAUUCACCAGUCCUUGAAAGAUUUAUUAGUAGUUCUUGAUAAAUUAAUGCUAGUGUUAUGGAAAUAAAUCUGCGAAUUAAAAAAACAGCCAUAAAAUUUCUCUGUAUUAAGGAUUCUCAACUUUGAUUUGUCCAGCGAGAAACGAAACUGCAUGCUAAUUUAUUCAUUUCACGUGUUUUUGUUGUAAAACAAAGUGUUUGAGUAGGAAGUGCUAAAGCCUUAGUUUCUCUAAAAUUUGGCCUUCAUCAUUAAAUUUAAUCGAAAAUAUUGAUAACACGAUACACUGUACGUGAUGGGAUUUUGAUUUACGCGGGAUGUGAUUUUACACGUUCGGCUGGAAACAAAAGGAAAAUAACUUUGUUAACGUCAAGGCUCAACGAUUAAAAUUUUCUCAACUAAGAAAGAAUAGCAAAGAAGACAGGAAACGGAAAAAAAUAGGCGAACAAUUAGGAGAAAAGGAAAUCGUUGGCGUUGGUUCUCAUUCAAACAAAUCGAAACAAAACUACUUAGUCUCCGAUAUGCAUUGCUGAAGCAAUACUUGGUUUAAGCAAUUUUGUCAUACCUUGUGCAUAUUAACGCCAACAUAAUGGAACAAGUUGAUAAAUAUUACAAAAAAAAAACGUGUAACCAAUAGAUGGGUGUUCAGCUGAGCCCAUUAAUCAAAUAAGGCGAUACUGUUUUCCCCGGAAAAGAAUUGAACCAAUAUGCUGUUUCUGAUACAGGUCGCGAGAAUUGAGGUUCCAAGUGUCUUUGUAUUUAACCACUUUUAUAAUUAUUAUAAAUGGCAUGUUUAACAAAACUGUUUUAGAACCUUCAGGUUUUGCUUUCCAACAGGAUUCCUUAAAAGCAGAAGAAAAGGCCUUGAAAAAACAGCUCUCUUGCUUCAAAGAAGAAUUUCAGCUUCUUGUGAGGUCUGCCGCUGAAUUAUAUCCAGAAAUAUUAGAUGAUGAAUUCCCCCAAAAGGUUGCUGCAAGACGACAACUGCAGCUGUCCCCAAAUAAAUCACCUAGCAGCCCCGAAGCCGAUACUACAAGGAGACCACGUUACUCGAGAGGCAGUUACAGAUCUAACGAUGCACAGCACAGGAGAACCAUGUUUGAACUGAAACGGUAUCCGCGACGGUCUACGCGGCUUACCAGCGAGGAAGCUGUAGCACAAAUUCAACAACAGUUUGAAAACAAUGCUAGUGCCUCCUCAGGGAUAGACGCCAGGAAAAUAAGAAGCUCUUUACCAAAUUCUCCCACCGAUGAAAUGGUGCCAGAACCAAGUCAAGAGAAUUCUCUUGACGACGAACGCACAAGAAGGCUCAAGAAAAAGAUAAUAGAGUCUAGAACAGUUGAUGUAGUGAACUUGGGUUUGUUCUAA